AUGCAUGUGAGCUGCCUUCCAGGAAAAGAAACCAGCAUGUAUCCAGGAUCCAUCAGAAGCAACAAUCACAGCCUGCCAGGACAGAACUUUGCCUCCGGGACUCCUUACACGGAUUAUAUGGGAUACCAUCAUGCACAGAGCAUGGACAACCAAGGGCAGCCUUCAGGAGGUUGGGGAUCUCCCUACAGCCUGCAAAGGGAGGACUGGAGCCCUUACGGCCCUGGGUCCUCCAGCACAAGUGAAUCUUCUCCUGGGCACGGCUUCUACGCCGCUGCCAAUUACAACUCCCUGAACCCUGCAGCUUCUUGCAUAGAUACCAUUAAUGCAGAUCACAUCUCUCCCCACAACCAAAGACUCAGGUCUUACAACUGGAUGACGAAAGUCGGGUCGUCUAAUAACGCGGGUAAAACCAGGACAAAAGAAAAGUAUCGUGUUGUUUACACAGAGCAGCAAAGACUUGAGCUGGAGAAAGAAUUCCACUCCAACAGAUACAUAACGAUCAAAAGGAAGUCUGAACUCGCCGCAGACUUGGAACUGUCAGAAAGACAGGUGAAAAUCUGGUUCCAGAAUCGGCGGGCCAAGGAGAGGAAAAUGAUCAAGAAGAGGAUCUCUCAAUUUGACGGAAGCAGUGGAUCUGUUCAGAGUGACUCGGGUUCUGUUAGCCCGGCUGAAAUGUCUGCCGCUUUAUUCCCACCAUCACAUACAAUUAAUGGACUACAGCCUGUUGAAAUCCUGCAGGUCACAAUUGCUGACUGA